CGUUGGCUAACUGCAGCUAGCUUAACGCGGCUGUACGGCAGGCUCAAAGUACAGCACACAGAGUGGCCACAGGGUCGUUGGCUCCCACAGGUGAACAAGCAUGGCCCCGCUCAAGUUCUGUGCGAACAUCUCCUGGCUCUUCACGGAGCUUCCAGACUUCAGUCAGCGAAUGUACGCGGCUGCUUCGGCUGGAUUUCAGGCUGUGGAAGCUGCCUGGCUCUACGACACCGACCUGCAGGACCUUCAGAGGGCCAAAGAGGCUACAGAAGUGGAGGUGGUCCUCAUCAACACCCCUCCGGGAGAUGUUAAAGCAGGUGAACUUGGACUUGGAGCAGUUCCUGGAAGACAAGCAGAGUUCAGACGGGGUCUGGAAUUGGCUUUAAAGUAUGCAAGAGCUUUGGGCUGCAAAAGAAUCCAUCUGAUGGCAGGGAGGGUUCCUGUGGGUUCACACAGAAAGGAUGUUGCCAAGGAGAUGGAGGCCAUCUUUGUGCAGAACCUAAGCUAUGCUGCUGAUAUCCUCUCAAAGGAAGGAAUCACUGGUUUGAUUGAACCGAUCAACACCAGGAUCACAGAUCCCAGGUAUUUUCUGGACUCUCCUCAUCACGCGGCUGCAAUAUUGGAGAAGGUCGGAAAGACAAACAUCAAGCUACAAAUGGAUGUCUUUCACUGGCAGAUAAUGGAUGGAAACCUGACGCAAAACAUCGAGAAAUAUUUCCCCAUAAUCGGUCAUGUUCAGAUUGCUCAGGUUCCAGGAAGGAAUGAGCCUAACACUGCCGGAGAGCUCAACUACAGCUACCUGUUCAACACACUGGAAAAGCAUGGCUACCAGGGAUACAUAGGCUGUGAAUACAAGCCGCUAGUAGGCUCCACAAUGGAAGGUCUGGGUUGGCUCAAAGAUUACUGCACACACAGCAAGUGAUGGACACUGUCCAGUCACAGAGGUCGGGUGUUUGGCGUAUGGCAAGCUUGUUAAAUGAAGUAGCCUGGAUUAAAUUUUUAUAUUAUACAAAUCAUCAAAGUUAAAGGUAUAUAUAUAUAGCAAAUAUUGUUGUUUUUACCCCACUACAUGUAUUUGCUAACAGUUACUGUUUACUUUUAAUAACACAAAAUAUACAUUAAUAAUUAAAUUAUAUCUAUUAAGGUUUCCCUGCAGA